AUGUCUCAGAGUACGCUCGCGUAUAGAGUACGAAGGACCCGACCCCAAACAAGUAAAACAGAACCAGUUAGAAGCUACCCAAAAAGGGAGAGGAAACAGACCCCCACUGUCUUAUUCACUGCAGUUCCUCUUGAUAAUGACGACCCGGUAUUAAAACCACUGGAGAACAGGAAGGAGAAUGGAGGAGUAAAGAAGAAUGGAGGAGUAAAGGAGAUACUAGGAGUGGGGAAAAAUGAUCCGUGUGAGAAGAGCCCCGGGAAAAGACUGUGUAUAGAGCCUCCAGCCUCCCCGCGGUCACUGUCCCCCUCUAAACGGAAGUGUUCUGGAACUACCAGAGUUCCUCUCUCCUGCAUUACACCCACUAAAACACCCCAAAAAACACCCUCCAAAUUCUCACAGCUCAAAUUCCAAUCUCCCCUCAAAACGAAACUCACUCCCAAGAAAGUUCUCUUUUCACCCGGCAAAUCUCUCAAACCAUCCUCAAUCACAGCUCAUCUUUCAGAUCACGUGAUAAAAUCAGAUUCACUCAAAUCACCCAUCAAAAGUCCAGCCAGGAUCAUUAAGAACAACCUCAAGAGUCCCUUCAAGAGUCCGUUCAAACAACACAGAGUUGUUCCUAACCCUGCUCUACUCCCUCAACCACAGUUUGACUGUGCAGCAAUAUCUCGUAAGAAGCUAUUGCAACAGAAGCUAGCGAAAGGGCGCGCUGGUUCGUCUCCCGCUAUGAAGUGCGCUAAAAAACAGUUGCAGUCUUGCAAUACACCUGACAGAUUGAUAGGUCGUGAGAGUGAAGUGACGGAAUUGGAGAGUUUUAUCCGAACUAACGUAUCAGGCUAUGCCCCAGCUUCACUGUAUGUUAGCGGAGCUCCGGGGACUGGCAAAACAGCAUCACUCUCUCAUAUCCUCUCAAAACUCAAGGAGGAGUUGAGUUUCUCUCUGAUUGAAAUAAACUGUAUGUCCCACAACACCAAGAAAGCUCUGUAUGCAGAUAUUGCUACACAACUGCAGUGUAGUAAAACUACUAAAACGGCUUGUCAAUCUUUCAUUACUUCAAAAAACAGGCGGAAAAUGAUUGUGAUGUUGUUAGAUGAAGUUGAUCAAUUGGAAACUACAACCAACUCUAUACUUUACACUUUGUUUGAGUGGCCUGCUCUUGCCAACUCUAGACUCAUCCUUAUCGGUAUAGCAAAUGCGCUAGAUCUGACAGACAGGCAGUUGCCCAGACUAAAAGCUCAGGUGUCGUGUCAGCCCAAACUAAUACACUUCGCGCCCUACAACAAGGAUCAGAUUGUAAGCAUCAUCCAACACCGACUUAAAGAGGUGCCAGAGAUUGAGGGAGUAAUGGAUCCUGGGGCUAUCCAGUUCUGUGCUAGGAAAAUCUCUGUAAUUACUGGUGACAUCCGCAAAGCUCUAGACAUCUGCAGACGUGCAAUAGAGCUGGUGGAGAUGAAAGGGCAGGAGGGCGGGAAGGUUACUAUACCCUUCAUUAGUAGAGUUGUUCAGGAGGUCUAUGGUGGACAGAUACAGAACCAGUUGUCUGGCAAGACAUCGGAAUCAACACUACCACUCCAACAACAGUUACUGCUUUGUUCUGUUGCCAUAGCAACCAGCAAGAAACACGGCGCUAAGACUGAGACUGUCACGUAUGCCAAGCUUCACACUACAUUGUUAAAGGUGUGUGCUGAAAGAAGACUCCAGUGUCCUGAUUUCUCAGAGUUUGUGGAUAUGAUCAGUAUGUUGGAAAGUAGAGGUCUCGUCUCCGUCAAAACUCAUAAAGAGAAAAGGCAAAUGAAAGUGUCACUUCGUAUCCAACCUAAAGAACUAGAGGUUGUUUUGGAGGACAAAACUCUGUUAUCCAGCAUCAUGGACAACGCCUCUAAAUUCUGCUGACAGUGAUUAGUUUAAAGGACUGAACAAUUAAUUUGUUAAUUUUUAUUAUUAUAUUAAUUGUUAUUAUUUACUGCUUUCCCUGCUUUAGAUUAUGAUCAUAUUUUGCAUAUUUGGGGUGUGUUAAAUGCAUACCAUAACUGGAUCUUUUUCAAGCUCAAAAUUCGAACAAUUAACGCCACAUUUAUUUAUUAAUUAUCUGACCUGUGACUUUCUGAAAUUUAUUAGAACUAACUUUAAUUGGAACUGUUACCAUGUUUACUGGUCUUCUAACCUUGAUAAAUCCUACCGAACCCAAUCAAAAUAUCUGCAGCUUUCUGUUCGUAUUAUUCUCCGAUUUAUAUUUACAGUCUGAUUUCUUGCAGAUUUUUAAGGUCUUUUUACUAUUUUUAUCAAUAUUUCUAUGUUUUGACGUUCUUGAUUAAUAAAGUUAACUUUUUAUUCUUUGGCUGAAGCAGUACAAAAAUCGACCGGGGUCUGGAUGAAAUUUUUAGCAGGGCCGAGAUUGCCUAAAUUUUGGAGGGGCCUGGACUGGAUUCUAGACAUAAUUGUCUCGAAAUUGAGCAUAGAAAUUUCGCCUGCCGAUUCGACGAAACUCGAUCUUGGUCGAUGACUGCUGCUUAGUAUGUUGAUUUUCCCUACAUUUCACAUCUGCAUUUUAUACAGUGAAAUGUACUGUUUAAUUAAGAAUUAUUAUGACAACGUUAUUAUUACAGCCUGGCCAUACGACGAAUUUUUAAUCGCCUUUUUAAUUGUUUUUGAAACAUGAGCAAAUUUUAGAUGUAAGCAAAAAUUGAAACAUGAAGGGACGAUUAUUACGUUAUUAUUUGAUUAAGAUUAAGUUUAAACAUGAUAUGUGAUAUCUAUUAUAUUUGUCAAGAUGUAUAAAAUUGUAACGAGAUAAAUUUAGUCUGUAACAAAUUUUGAAUCAGGGUAAAAGUUUCUGUAAAUUAUAUUGUUACGGGUUACAUCUGUGAUUUAAGAGUAUUAGGAAAGAAAAUGUUUGAAUUGAUUGAUUUGAUCCUUGGUUUUCAAUAUAAUAGGGAAGAUUAAAGUGCUGUACUAAUUUGCAACCAUGCUAUUUAAUUUGCUGCAAACAC